UUGUUACAGCUAUGGCUAACCAUCUACCUAUACCGCGGCACGCCGUCGCCCAGAAGACGCCUGAGCCGAAGGGUAGUUCAAAGAAACCUUCAGUACGGGUCGUCGUUCAGCCUGUUGACUCUCACAGGUUCCGUUAUAAGUCGGAAGGUCGGUGGGCCGGUUCAAUUCCCGGGGUAAACAAGAAGGGUAACAGGGAAGGCUUCCCGACCAUAGAGAUCAGCGGUUGCCCCGAGGGUAAGGCCGUUAUUGUGGUUUCCUGCGUCACAAAGGACUCGCCCUACAAGACACACCCGCACGGAGUGGUAGCGCGUGAGUUGUUCAUGUCCGAAGAGGAAGUAAAAAAGGGCGCGUGUAAGGUGGUGGUGGAACUGACCGGCGAAAGUACUAAGGUCUCCUUCACCAACAUCGGCAUCCACAGCUGCAAACACAAUGAAGUUAAGGAAGUCCUCGAGACGCGGCGUCGCCUUGGUGUCGACCCAUUUGGCAGCGGUUUCGACUACGGUCGCGAACCGAAGAGGAUCGACCUGAACGCGCUGCGGCUCUGCUUCCAAGUGUUUGUUAUGGACGAGAAGGACGGCAUCCGUCUAAGACUGCCGCCCGUCGUCACCAGCGUCAUCCACGACAAAAAAACGCAAGGCGAGCUGCAUAUCACGCGCCUCUCACACUGCACCGGCCCCGCAACUGGCGGCACCACUGUUAUACUCCUCUGCAAGAAGGUGAAGCCGUCUGACACGACGGUGGUGUUCGUGGAGCGGGGUGCGGGCGGGGGCGCGGUGUGGGAGGCCGCAGCCUCUGACGUCAGCGCGCACCAGCACGUCGCCUUCUGCUUCACUACGCCGCCAUACCGCCACACAGACAUUACGCAGAAUGUCACGGUGUUCGUGCAACUUAAAAGGCUGUCAGACAACGCCCGCAGCGAGCCAGUGGAGUUUGUGUACACUCCGGCGCGCAGAGAUACAAAGGAAUACAUUCAUAAGAAACCGUUGUUGGCAUGGCUUCAGGAUGAAAACUCACCGAUGGAAUCAGACAUGUCUCACGAACAAGUUAGCUAUAACUCUGCACAAAGUCCAUUGAAACGGGAACCAUUGCCGACGGAGCCAAAGCUUUUACAGCCGUGGCCGACGGACCUGCCUCCAAUGCUCGGUCCUAGCCCCCAACACCAGUACCAAGUUCAGGACAUGUCCUGGAUGGACAAGAGUUACGUCCAGCUCGACCAGUUACCGCCUUCUCCCAGCCUGCAGGCGACGUCACCGCACGCCCCCCACCUAACAACCAACUACUCACUAAUAUCACCUGGGUUUAGUUUCUCUCAGGCGAGGAAUUUAAACCCUUUCACUUCUCAUUAUGAGGAAUAUGACUACAUUCCGGAUAACAGAUCAGAAUGUCAUUCUGUUUCACCCAUAUUUGCGAAAUCUCCCGAUUUAAAUACGGAGCAAGCCGAAGAGAUGCAAAUAAGUUUGGAAAAAUUCUCUGGGAUACUAGAAGAACAAAUCAGUGACCAUUUGAGCGAACUUUCUCUCAAAGAAUUCGUUGGCGGUGAUUUACCAGAGAUUUAGUGCAAUAUUUGUCAGUUUUUGUAGCCAUGGACAGAAAAAAAACCACCG